AUGGAUGCUGUGAAGGAAGAUCUUCAGGCAACGCUUGACUCCAUCACUCCAGAGUUCUUGUCGGCAUGGGACCUUAAUUCGAUGAUGCGAGACACAGUUGUACCCAAAGCGCCAGUCCUGCAAUCUAUCCUCCAUCAUGCUGCUCAGACGGAUCGUGCUGUGGCCAAGAACAAGAUAAAAGAUUGCAGCACUGCGUGUAACACGCUGAAGGUUCAACGAUACAGCGAGGCACGAACAAAGCUCCUGACUGUAUCUAUAAAUGUUUCUGCUAUACUUGAGACGACAACGCGGGAAAGCGCAGGUGCGCACGAGGCGCGAGAAUGCGCGAAGCGCGGGAAUGCACGCGCGUAUAUGCGGAAACAAGAGAGAGUAAGAGUAGUAAAUGGGUAUCGUUGUGGUUCAUUUCUGGUGGUAUGGCGCCUAAGCGCUGUCAUGCAGAGCCGAAGCGCUACCGAGUAA